AUGCCGUUAUCACCGAUACAAGAGCCAAGAAUUUCUUCAUCUGAUACGUCCAUUGAAAAUGUGACUACUGAAAUUUCAAAUGAAGUUCAAUAUGAUCAAAAUGAAGGGAAUGAAGAGUGCACUGAAAAUAAAGAGACUAGCGAAUCGGAAACUCAUGACGAUGAUAUUGAAGAUCCAGAUUUUAAAUACCACGAGUCUGAACUUGAUACCGAUGAUGAAGAUGAGCCUAUUCCUGAAGAUAAUGAAGAUGAGCCUACUCCUGAUAAACCUCAUACUACGGUUACCAAUGUAAUCGACCCUAACAAUGAGAGAAACGUCAAUGAUGCAUGUGAAGCAGAUAUAUCCAUUCUACAUGAUCUACAAGACAUUACUGAAUCUUCUUCUUACAAUAUUUCAACAGAUCAGAAGAUCAAUGGCGGAAAGCGAAAGGGAAAUAAAGGAAAAAACUUUUGUUUAUUUUGUUGUGAACCUGUGCUCAAUUUUUCCAGACAUCUGAUGCGGAAUCAUAAAUAUGAAACUCAAGUUCAGAAACUUCUCUCGUAUCCUAUAGGAAGUGAAGAGAGAAAGAAGUUUUUAACGAUCCUAAGAAAAGAAGGAAAUUUUAUUAAUAAAAAUCAAACUAAAAAGCCUAUUAAGCGGCCUAUUCACAAUGAAAAUAUUUUACCAUGCGAUAACUGUAAAGGAUUUUAUUCUUCAAAAUCUCUUUGGCGCCAUAGAAAAAAAUGUAUUGGUUCUGUUGGUAGAGAACACCAGGUACGAGGGGAAAAUAUGUUAUUAAAAAACCUCAGAGUCGACACAAAAUUGAAGGAAAUGGUAUUUCCUCGGAUGAAAUUAGAUGGAAUAUCUCGUGCCGCUAAAGAAGAUAUACUCAUUUGUGCGUUUGGUUCUAAAUAUCUGAAAACUCAUCGCGACAAGUAUUGUGUCAAUGUUGUAUCCAGAAAGAUGAGGGAACUAGCAAGAUUAUUGAUCGAAAUGAAACAACGAAAUCCAUCCAUUAGAACUUUUUUUGAAGCAUUACAUCCAUCUAAUUUCGAUAUAUUAGUUGAAGCAGCUAAAUCUGUAUCAAGGUACGAUUCCGAAAAAGAGUCUUUCGAAUCCCCUUCUUUUGCUAUAAACAUCCGUCCUACCAUCAUACAGUGCUGUGAAAUAGCUAUUUUGUAUGUGCUGAAAAAAAAAGAAGUUUAUGGAACGUUAAUAUCGGCGAAUGCAGAAGGAGAUUUGAAAACUCUCAUUAGACUAGUGGAAAGUCAGUGGCAUAGCGAAAUAUCAUCCCAAGCUAUGAGUGAUCUCAAUACGAAUAAAUUCAAUAAAAUCACAAUCGUUCCUUUGGCUACCGAUUUGAAGUUAUUGAAGGAACAUCUGAUUUCUGAAAGUCAAAGUGCCAUAGAACAACUUCGCGCUGACGGAAAUAACGCAUCUGCAUACAAAACACUUCUGGAGACAAUUUACUGUCGCAUUAUACUUUUGAACCGCAGAAGACCAGGAGAAUUGCAGCGAUUACCUUUACACUUAUAUGAAAAAGUUGAGAAAAACCCUUCGAAUUAUGAAGAAUUCUCCUCAAUUGUGACACCCACAGAAAAAAUUUUAUUAGAAAAUUUCAGAAGGGUUGUUAUGAAAGGAAAAAGAGGAAGAGGAGUGCCCAUUCUUAUCAGUCCUGAUGUUCAAGAAAAUAUAAAGCUUUUACUUGAUCUGAGAAAAAACUUCAUCAAUUCGAAAAAUGUGUAUCUAUUUGCUAAUAUAGGUACACUUCAACCAAUUUCUGGUUAUAAAGUGCUCAGAAAGUACGCUUUCAAAUGUGGUGCUAAAAAUCCAAAUGCGCUGACCGCCACACGUCUGAGAAAACACCUAGCUACUCUGUGUCAAGUAUUCAGUAUGUCAGAAAAUGACAUUAAACAACUUGCAACAUUCAUGGGACAUACUGUUGGAAUACAUCGAGGUUCCUAUAGAAUGCCUGACGAUGUAUACCAAACAGCGACUAUUUCAAAGUUAUUACUUUUAAUGGAGAAGGGAGAAGCAAAUCAAUUCAAAGGAAAGUCUUUGAGUGAAAUCGAUUUGAAUCUUGAAGAAGAAACAGAAGGAACAGAAUGA